AUGCUUACUUGGAAAAAUUCAUUCAAGCACAUCUCUAAUAGACGAAAUGAUGGAAAAAGACCAUUUGGACUUAUUUUAAGAACAGCUUUUAAUGACGGUAGAGUAAGUAUGGAUUUAAGUACCAGUUUGGGGCAGAAUCGCUUGUCGUUCAUUGUAAAGAGAGUAAUUUUAGCAGUUAAUUCCGCCUGGUGCAAAUUCGAUUGUUUCUUAGCUAAUAAUGACCAUUUUCAUAUAAUCCUUCUUUCUUUGAUGCCUGUACCGGUCAUUUUUGAAGGUUCACUUAGUGGUUCUCAAUCACCUUUGAUGUGGGUUGUUGUUGGAGGCACUUUGAGGGAGAAGAUUUCUACAAGACGUUUAUUUUUUCGUUUGGGAUUUCAGUCAUUCGCAAAAAUGUGGGCGUGUUAUGCCACACGAAAUCAGAUUGUCUUCAAGCAUAAAAGAAAUGGACAAUUUGUUUCUUUAAAUUUUAAAUGGAACAACAAUUUGACCAGUUUCAGUGGCGUUCUUGUUUUACUUGUUUACAAAGUCUUUGACAAUUAUUUUUGGAUGUGCAUUUAUAAAUCUCAUGAAAGAGGACAACGUUUGCCUUUCGGAUGUCUGAUUUUUGUUAAGGAUUUAGAGUUUGCUAGAUUCUAG